AUAAAAAUUUCAAAUUUUGUUCUACGGACUGUAGAAUGUACAUUCUACAAAGUAGAAAAUGAAAUCUACAUUUUUCAUUAGAUCUACAAUGGUUAGAAUAUGUCUUCCACGUUUUUCAAUAAAUCUACUAAAGUUAGAAUACAUAAUCUACGGAAAUAACAGUAAUCUAAAAAUAUUUAGAAUACACAUUCCGCGCUUAGCGUGCAAUUCUAAAAUAUGUAGAAGCUACAAUCUACACAUUACAUAAAAUCUAAAAGCCGUAGAAAUCGAUUUCUAAAGGUUAACUAUAUUCUACAAAUAGUAGAAUGCAGAUUCUAUGGAUAAGUUUGAACAAUUCCGAAAAUAUGGGAAGUAGAUUUUUGAAAAUAUUUGAAAAUAUUUUGUUUCCAUUUUUUAAAAAAUCGAUUUUUUGCACAAAAAAAAACCUGGCUAGGUCUUCUUCAAACACGUAUUUGCCCCUUCAAUAACCCCUUGACAUUUCACAAAGAAUUCUCAAAGUGUCUUCCAUGAUUCAUAUCUAUGCAUGGGGUAUGGGAAUUGGUUUUGUCUAUUUGGUUUUAUUAGGCCAUACAAGAGACAGUUGAGAAACUGUCUAAGAUCGUCAAGAAGCAGCUAUCACUCAAAGACGAUCAAAGGGUCGUUGCAGAAACCAAAUUCACCGAUCUUGGAGCUGAUUCUAUUGACACGGCAAUUCAUCGAACAUUCUCUUAUGUGAAUACAUAACUUGUUGAGUUUUUUUUAAAUACUGAUUAAUUGAGUGUUUUUUUUUUUGCAGGUUUAGAUAGUGAUGGGCUUAGAGGAAGAGUUUCACAUCGAAAUGGCUGAAGAAAAAUCACAGAAGAUUCAGUGGAAGAAGCUGCUGAGCUCAUUGAUGAGCUCGUGCAAGCCAAGAAGUAAUUUAGUAUAAGAGAUCCGACUAUCUGAGGCUUUCUGUUUGUUGUUUUCAUAAUCUUUCUGUCAUUUUCUUUUAAUAUGUCAAGUCAAGCGACUCUUUGCUAGUACUGUAUGCCAUAGAUCUCUCUAUUUGUCGACUGAAACUUUUGGUUACACAUGAAGCCUUGUUCUUUUCAUUUCUUAAAUCGAAAUGCCAAAUGCGAGAUUAGGCAAAAUGCGUGCAAGAGAGAGAGAGAUAGAAGUUACUUAUAUCACUCAUGUAUAGGGAGUCUUGUAUUAAUACAUACAUAAGUGAAAGAGUAGGCCCUAAGAUGACAAUUUGUAAACAAUCCUUUUCACAUUGUAUAUACAGGUUCUUAUUAUUCCCAAUCGGGGUCAAAGAAUCCAGCAUCCUUCAUCUCUGAAUAGUAGACAUUCUCCAUGUUCAGAUCUUCCUCCUGCAUCAAAACCAUCACCAAAUCAUUUGAACAUUGCAAUAAUCACAUGCCUAGAGGGAUGCUUUGGUGUAAACGAGUUAAGAAACAUUUUGGGAUAAACAUGAAGGGGCAUGAGUGUAAACGAGUUAAGAAACUGUCCUAAGCUACAGAAGGUGGGAUUAACAGAGAUCAAACACGGUUCAACAACAUAAAAAGAAGACACAACGUUGUGAAAAAAUCUAAUCUUUAAACAAUCCCGAAAGGUAACAACAACACAUACAUAAUAAUCAAGAAACAAGACACAACAAAGCUAACAGAGACAAAACAAGAACACAAACACAUAAAAAAAACACCUACAUUCUUAAAUCGAUUCACAAGAACACAAGAACAUAUACAUAAACACUAAUCUAUAUGCUUUUUACAGAGACUAACCACAAUCAAAACACAUGCAAAGAAGAAUAAAAACAAAAUUUCAUACCAUGAAAACAAAAUUUCAUAUAAAACAAAGCUUUUGACUUAUCAAGGAUAUAAACCGGAGAAGAAGGAUGUGGAUGUAGAUUCCGACCGACGGAGGAGGCGGUGUUGGAUGGCUCCGAGCACGACGAGACAAAGGAGAUGCGAAGGUGAUACGGAGGAGACGACGCCAUCGAGAAGAAGAGGAAUUAGGUUUUGAUGAUUUGGGAAUUUUCCCCUUUUCUAUUUUUUGUAACGUAUAAUAAAUAAUAAAUUAAAUUAAUUUGUUACCUUUAGUUAAGUUAAUUUAAGGUUAUAAUAGGCAAUUACGAAAAUAUUAACCUAAUGAGACAAUUAUACUUUGGGAUUAGUCUAAUGGGACAAUGUCCCUAUUUUUUUGCUCUAAAAAAACAAUUUUCCCAAAAAAGUAUAAUAGUUUACCCCUGAGUUAACCUAACAUGACAAUUUAAAAGUUUAAAACAUAUUGUAGAUUGAUUCUAUUUAUUAUUGUUCUAAUAGAAAACUAUUACAUUAACCAAUGUGAUACAACAAAGAGAUUUGAUACUUCGACAAAGAUUUCAAUUUCGCUGGAAGUUUUCUCAUCAUUUUAGUUAUUUCUUUGUUGUUUCUUAUUGUUUUAUAAGUAUUUAUGUAAUUUUGUUACAAUCUAAAUAAUAAAUAAUUUUUUCAGUUGUUUGAAAAAAAAAAAAUUAUAACAUUAUUACAUUGACGCCUUUUCAAUCGGUAAUUUAUAUGUGGUUUUAUAUGCGGUUUUAUUUACAGCUUGUAAAGAUUUUAUAAGAAAAAAUAUUUAAUCUAUAUAAUUGUUAAUAAAUUAUUUUAUAGAAUUCAAAACUCGGUCUCUUAGUGAAACCAAUAGAUCAACACACAAAUAUUAGCUGGUACAUAUUCGAAUAAAUCUAAGAAUUGGAUUAUAACAUUAUUGACAACAAAAACAAAUAUACAAAGAGGCCGGCCUCGUACGACUUUUGUAAAAAAAAAAAUAUUAAAUCAAAAUUUUAAACAAUAGCAAAAUGCUGAUAAAAAUGCUGGAGGAAGCAAAGGAAGAAGAUAGAAGACAGAAGAGAUGGGAAAUGAGAAUGUAGAAAGAAAGGGAGAGUUCAUAAACCAAAACAACAAUGACUUCUUCCUUGAUUCAAUGUCAAUGCUCUCCUCUCUCCCUCCUUGCUGGGACUCUUCUCUUCCCCCUCCUCAUCCUCCUCCUCCGCACGCUCUCACCGUCGACGCCUCUUUCCCCGACCAGUUCCAUCAACCUCAGGAGUCAGGUGGUCCAACAAUAGGCAGCCAAGAUGGGUUGCAGGGACAAGGGACAGUCUCGACCACGAGUGCACCUGUGGCUCGUCAAAAGCCAAGGGUGCGAGCUAGGAGAGGUCAAGCCACCGAUCCUCACAGCAUCGCUGAGCGGUUGAGAAGAGAACGUAUUGCAGAGCGUAUGAAGUCUCUUCAAGAACUGGUUCCCAAUACCAACAAGACGGACAAGGCAUCGAUGCUGGACGAGAUCAUCGAGUAUGUAAGAUUCCUUCAGCUGCAAGUCAAGGUACUAAGCAUGAGCAGAUUGGGAGGUGCAGGUGCAGUUGGUCCACGCCUCAACGGUCUCACUUCCGAGGUAGGAGGACGGCUCAACGCCCUCUCUGGACCGUGCAAUGGCUUAAACGGGAAAGGAAACGCAACAGGAUCUUCCAACGAGAGCCUAAGGUCCACAGAAAAUAGGGUGGCAAAACUGAUGGAAGAAGACAUGGGAUCUGCAAUGCAGUACCUUCAAGGGAAAGGGCUUUGCUUAAUGCCCAUCUCUCUCGCAACUGCAAUGUCAUCUUCAUCUAAUAACUCUCGUGGAGCUCUCUUUAACCCCAAAUCCAAUGUGUUAGCAGCAGAGGAGGCAAAUGUAGCAGCAGUUGCUCCACCUGAAGACUCCUCUCCUAUGGAUGAUGUAUCUGCCUCCAAGGGCUAAACCAUAGGAUCUGUCAUCAUGCGUUUCAUUUUUUCCUGUCUCAAGUCAAACGUUAUCUAUUUACUAUUUUAACUGUUGGAUUAAAUAAAUUUACAA